UUGACGGGUAUAUAAGCCAACCAGAACUAAAAGCCAACCAACAAGUCCUAAAUUGAUUUAGUCCUAAUCUGACAUCAACACCAACUACAACAACAUGUCUUCCCUACAAAUGUUCGUUCUUUUGGUUGUCAUCGUCGCCGUGGCCAAUCCCCAGAGUUAUGACGCUCCUUACGAAGCUGCACCAUCAUCCGGCUACGCUGCUCCCGCGUUCAAAGGUGCGGGAUACGCCGACGGCCGUGCCAAGAUCCAAGUCUACCGUGGGCCCAGCAAAGGUUCCGAAAAAGACAAGGGAGGAUUACUUGAAGUGAAUGUGCGAUCGGCUCGACCAUUCGCUCUAAUCUGACUUGACGUUGUGUCAUUCAUUUUGUUACUGCUGUUAGCCUACUUGUUACUUUUGUUUCUCUUUUUUUCAUGCAUAAACAAAUUAUUCCUCUUGUGAUUUAUUGAUUCACCAUAAUUAUGGAAUAAUUCGUGGCGGAGUAAUUCCUCUUCUACAAGUUCAUGGCCCUACACUAGAAAAGUUAUGUUUACCGAUGGUAAUAACGAGUGAAGAAGUCUAUCUCAUCAUCGAGUGCUGCCCGAAUAUUCGCCGUGUGAUAAUUGUUUUAGAAAGUACCGAUGCUGCAACUCCCGACCCGGUGAUAGAUGUCGUCCACUCUUCUCUUUAUUCCCCAAAGACUUUCAGUGUUUUCUCUUACCAUUAUCUUCAUCAUGCCUCAGCCAAAAUGGUACCACAAAUCUCUAUCAGAAUUGUGUAUGGACAGUAUCGUCGAUAACAUGGAGAAAUGGACGGCAUCGCGUAGUUUGGUGCACGUUUCCACCCCCUUUUAUCUUCUUCCUUCACAUUGUCUGGAGUACAUUAUUCAAUGUCUCAAUGAAGGCAGAAGGCUAAAAGAAGAGAUGUUUGAUUUACUUAUCAACCCACAUUCGAAAGUUCUUGAUUUAUCAAAAAAUGCAUUUGUGUCAACUGAAAAUGAUGAUGAUAUCGAAACAAUUAAUCUUCGGAUCGUGUGGUUAGCAUCGGUCAGAUGUUCGCAACUUACUACAUUGAAGUUUUUUGGUUUCAAUAAAUUGCCAUCCCCAACUCAAGUAGAAGAAACUUUUACUCCCAUAUUGCAGCUGUUUGAACACCUGCAAAUCCUUGAUUUAUCUAACACGAUUUAUGGUGCAAGUUGCAUGCUCUAUCUUGGAUCAACUUGUAAACCAAAAAUAAGGGAGUUGCUAGUUGAUUUCUGCCCUGGUGUGACUGAUUUAGUAAUGCAAGUUUUCUGCAACGGUCAAAGUUCCCUUCACAAAUUAUCAGUUCUUGGCACAGAAGUGACUCAUGCCGGAAUUAGAUUUGCUAUCGAACAUUUACCAGUGCUGAAAGAAUUAACUUCUUCGACUGAUAUCCUAGAAGUUUUUUUUAGAAUCUGUAAAGAAACCAGAGAAUCAAAAAAAUGUUCGUUGACCAAGUUCUCUAUGCGGACCAUGAUUUCGACUCCCCUAGACAUAGUCCGCUAUAAAAAAGGUAGCGUUUCGUUGAUGGUUGACAUGUGCCCGUCACUCGUCGAUCUAUUCAUUGAUGUAAACGACCGCGGAGGAGGAUUUACGAAUGAGGAGUUAUUAGGUUUUCGAGAACUUAAACUAAUAAAAAGUCUUGUAAUUGAGACAUACUUUAUGCCGACAAUCUCUAUUCGUGGCGGAGUAAUUCCUCUUCUACAAGUUCAUGGUCCUACACUAGAAAAGUUAUCUUUAUUAUCGAUGAAAGUAACGAGUGAAGAAUUCUAUCUCAUCAUCGAGUGCUGCCCGAAUAUUUGCCGUUUGCGACUUGCAAUAGAAAAUGCGUAUCUGGAAACUCCCGAACCGGUGUUAGAUUGCGUCUCUUCUUUUCGUUACUCAAAGGAAUUAAUUCCGUUAAGGAUGUUGGAAGAAAUCAUUCUGUCCUCUGACAAUUUUUCUUCGCCAUUCGCCAUUUCACGCAAAUUAUUGCUGUUGCUUUUGUUUUCCCCUUCUCUUACAUUGAUUUCCAUAUGUAAUUGUAUCACUCUUGACGACCAGAUUAUUGAGGAAGCUUGCACUAGAAACAGUUUCAAGUAUUUGACCAGUUUAAGGUUGUACGGUUGUUCUAAUGUGAGCCAGAAAGGCAUCGAUUUUUUCAUGAACGAAACGAAUCCUUUGUCCGGAAUUUCUGUGCAGAAAUGUGGAAAUGUGAAUCUUGAGCAUAUGAAAACCAUGGCUCAAGAGAAGCAUUGGAAUCAGGUAAACAUUUAUAUGUGGUGAUCGGAUGCACAUACGAUACACAUGCGAUCCAACAUUCCUUAAGCUCUAAAGACCGAAUCCUGUUCGAACAUUUUCUCGUUUUCAUAUAUGCUUUCACAAAAUUUCCACUUAAAAAGGAAAAGAAUAUUGUAUUUACCCACAUGCUGUUUUUCUGUGAUAAACAAGAAUUAUCUAAAAAAAUUCAUUAACAUCUAUGUUUCAAUUUAACGAUCAAACUUUUUUCAACAAAUUUUAGUAUUUAUUUUAGAGGUUUAAAUUCAGGGAUGGCUACAGCUACACUACAUUCCGAUAAGCUAAAUAAAUCUUAUUUUGUUUUUGUAUAUUAAUUUAGGACAUCAUUUUCAUUAACUUGUUGUAAGUUCGCUUAAAUGUCCGUUGUAAUUUGGUCAAACUAAUUUUCUCUUCCUUCAAGGUGAUGUUAGAAAUAUUGG